AUGCAGCCAAAGCGUCGCAAGCAGCGCGGCAAGCGCAAUCGCUUCGUCGAUGCUCCCUCAACUUUCUUCCAAAACGAAGGCACAGACAUGGCGACUGACAGCGGCGUCGACACAGGAGGGGGCCAGGCGCAACCAUUGCGCUCCAUGAACAUGAACGCAUUCUCGUCACAGCCAAACUCACGGCAGGCACCUCGAUUACAAAACACUCAAAAGACGGCUCUGGGCAAUGGAGCUGCCGGUGGCGGCUGGGCAUUCGGCGCGCCUUCAUCUGGAGGAGCGUUCGGAGGACUUGGUGGUGCUCCUGGUCUAGGACCUAGCCGACCAGGACAGCUUUCAGGCUUCGCACAAGUCAUGGGCGGUGGAAGUGGUCAAGGACCAAUCGACAUGAGUGAGUUCCCAUCGCUCUCCGGUCCACCAGGUCAGCAACGCCCACAGCAGGCCAACGUCGGCUGGAACAGCAGCGUCAUCCGCCAACCAGCGACCCAGCAACCGCAAGCUGCGCCGCAACCUCAAGCUCAAGCACCCACCCAGCAGCCGCGGGCUCCAUCUGCCGCACCAUCUCAACAGUCGCUUGACCAGUUCGAUGGCCAGCGCUCGCAGCAGGCGUCAACUGAGCGCAGCGGCGGUGGCGACGAGUUCCCACCACUCAGCGGCCAGAUCAGCAGUGAGAACCAAGGACAGACGAACGGCUUUAACAGCGGCAUCACGUCUCCUCUCGGCCCCAGCUCGCAACCCAUCGGACAGCCGAUCCAACAGCCAAGCCGCGACCCCUCAUCUACCUUUCCGCAGCCUCAGCAAGCCCCCAUCGGCCCAGCGCCUCCGGCUCCAUCUCAACAGACGCAAUCAGGCCAGAGCGCUCAAACUGGCGAAGGCUUCACCCCAUGGUACGAGCAAGAUGAGUUUCAGCGGUUCGGUCUGGAAGCGUUGAACAACAAACUGGAAGCUGCACGUGGCAACGUCGACAUCUCAAUGCCAAACAUUGAGAAGAACGUCGCCAUGCUGCAAGGCCAGUCCCUCGACUUCCACGACAUGGAUCUCGAUUCGUCCGAGCCCAUCAUCAACUCGUUCAGUGUCUUUCCAGACAGUGAGUGGGAUGCACGCCCUGUCGUGCCGGCGUUCAGCCUCCCCGACUCGUAUCAGGUCAAGAACGUGCCACCAGCGAUUGGCAGAGUGGAGUCAUUCACUGACGACACGCUGUUCAAGAUCUUUUUCGAGGAGCCUCGCUCGAUCCUCUCUGAGACUGUCGCCACGGAGCUCACGACUCGCGAGUGGCGCUGGCACAAGGUGCUCCGGAAGUGGCUGCAGAAAGAGGGAGUCACUUCUUCUUGCACCGCUCCGCUCAUCGACUUCGCUACUCACAUCCCGCCAGGCACGGCUCCUACGCAAGUGACCGAGCGGGUUGAGCGUGGUGUCUACAUCCUCUACGAGAACAAGACCGUGCAGCGGGAGCGUCGCGAGAUCACGCUCGACUUUGCCGACAUCGACACUCGUCACAUGGGUCCCACUCUGCUGUCAGCCAUCAACAUGGGUGCGAGUCCUCUGAGCGGAGCGCCAACUCAUGGCGGUCAAGUGCCAGGUGCUAGCCGUUGA